AUGCUACAAUCAUCAUGGCAAGCCAUUAUACUAGACCUGGGCAACGUCAUCUUCGAGUGGUCAAGCAAACCCACUGGUGAGGUUGGGGCGACGUUAAAGUCCAUCAUGAAGUCCGAUAUCUAUGCUCAAUAUGAGACUGGCCAAAUCGAAACCGAGGAGUUCUGCGAGACUAUGGGUCAGAGAUUGGAAAUAGACGAGGCCGACAUCAAGGCAGCGUUUAAAAAUGCGCGUGCAUCGCUCCAAGCCAACCACCAGCUGGUGGACUUCAUUCGUGAGCUAAAGCGCACUACCGGAAUGGCCGUCUACGCAAUGUCAAACAUUCCGCGGAGUGAAAUCGACUAUCUACAAUGCCAGCAUCCCCAAGUCAUGGAUUUAUUCAACCAGGUAUUUGCCUCGGGCUUUGAGGGAACGAGGAAACCAAAUCCGGACUUUUUCAAAUUGGUUAUUGAAAGGGGUGAACUUUCGCCGGAGCGGACGAUUUUUGUUGAUGAUAAGAUUGAGAACGUGGACGCGGCACGAAGUGUUGGUUUGUAUGGGGUCCGGUUCGAGGGAACGGAUGCAUUGUGUGAUCGUCUACGAGACCUCUUACCAUCGUUGGACUAG